AUGGAAAACAAAAUCGUAUUGAUUUUUGUUCUUGCUUUCAUCCCAACCAUUUUGGGUCGAAAUGCUACAACGGGUUCAAUUGUGGUUGAUGUAACCACAACAAUAGCAGAAACGGAUGAGAAUUUCGUUUGCUUUACUUUGGACAUUUGGCCCCAUGACGAGUGUCGUUGGUCCAAACUUUGUGUUUGGGAUGGUCAUGCUUCUAUGCUCAAUUUGGAUUUAACUCUUCCUAUCAUAAACAAAGCAGUUCAAGCUUUCAAGUCGGUAAGGAUUAGAGUCGGAGGUACUUUACAAGACAAAUUGAUUUAUAACGUUGGAGCCGGCUUCAAGGGAACCUGUCACCCAUUUCAAGCAACCAAAGGUUCGUUGUUUGACUUCUCGGUGGGAUGUUUGUACAUGGAAAGGUGGGACGAUUUGAACAACUUUUUCAACAAUACAGGGGCGAUUGUGACUUUUGGCUUAAACGCUCUCUUGGGUAAGUACAAGACGCAAGGAAUUCAAUGGGAAGGAAAUUGGAACUAUAGCAAUACCGAAGCUCUUAUUCAAUACACGAUAGAGAAUAAUUAUCAAAUAAAUUCAUGGGAGUUUGGCAAUGAACUGGCUGGACUUAAUAGCAUUGGUGCCAGUGUUACUGCUGCACAAUAUGCAAAAGACGUUAUUAAGCUUCGAGAAAUCAUAGAUCGUUUGUACAAUAACUUCCAACAAAAACCUAUGAUUGUAGCACCUGGUGCAUUCUUUGAUGAGAAAUGGUACGGGGAAUUUCUUAGAAAAACUGGACCAGGAGUUGUCGACGUUCUCACUCAUCAUAUAUAUAACAUGGGUGCAGGCGAUGACCCCAAAUUGAUUUAUAGGUUCGUUAAUUCAACGUAUCUUUCUCAAGUAUCGAACACAUUUGAACAUCUUGAGAACGUGAUACAAAAGAAUGCCCCUUGGGGUGCCGCUUGGGUUGGAGAAGCUGGUGGAGCUUAUCAGGGUGGCAGUCCUCAUAUCUCCUAUACAUUUAUCAAUAGUUUUUGGUACUUGGAUCAGCUCGGGAUGGCUUCAAUGUACAAUACAAAAGUAUAUUGUAGGCAGACUUUGAUCGGUGGAUUCUAUGGUGUUAUCAAAUCCUCAACUUUACUUCCCACGCCAGACUACUAUGGUGCACUUCUCUUCCAUCGACUCAUGGGACCCCGUGUUCUCAAAAUUGACAAUAAUGUCUCUUCUGACCUUCGUAGCUAUGCCCAUUGCUCGAGAGGAAGAACCGGUGUAACCUUGCUUUUCAUCAAUUUGAGCAAUACAACCGACUUUAUAAUUGACGUUGAAAACAACAUCAACCUGAGUUCAGGUAAGAGAAACGCUUCAAAAGGUCAAAGAAUGAAAAUAGAUUCACCGAGAGAGGAAUACCAUUUGACUCCAAAAGAUGGUCUAGUUAGAAGUUCCACGGUGCUUUUAAAUGGAAAUCCAUUGGAGACUACGAAAGAAGGAGACAUACCAAAUCUUCUACCUGUCUACCGUCAGAGUAACUCUUCUAUACAUAUUGCUGGUUGGUCCAUUGCUUUCAUUGUCGUCCCUCACUUUGUAGCUCCAGCAUGCAACUGAUUCG